AUGAUCCAUUUUCUCAUCAAUAACUCUUAUAAUCCUGAACACCAUGAGAAAGCACUCCUGGAUUACCCCAAUGAGACCACACCAUUGUGCAGUCAGUUCAGGGUUGGUAGGUGGUACUGCUCUAUCUUGCUGGUCUUAUUUGUCAUCGGUCUACCAGUGGGGUUGCUGGGUAACAUGGCGGCCAUCGUAAACUACACAUGCUGUCGACAACCUUGGAACACAGGGACGGUGUUUCUGCUAAACUUGGCGCUGUGCGACAUCACCUGGCUCCUUUUGCUGCCAAUUACAGUUUACUUCACCCUGUGUCAGACACAUAUAAAAGGCAUGAACAUCUUCUGCCAGUUCAAGAACAUGUUCUUCACCAUCAAUGUGUACGGUAGCAUCUUCUUCCUGGCUCUAAUAAGUUUUGAUCGUUAUGCUGGUAUGGUCCACCCGAUCAGCUCCCUGCGCUGGUGGGAUGGUAAAAAAGCCUGCCUCUGCUCCGUUUUCACCUGGAUCUUCCUCAUUUUGGGUUGCAUUCCAGAUUUAUUCAUGACCUUUGACAUGAACCGUCCUGGCAACAUUACAAUCUGCACGGACCACAUCCACAGCCCAUUCUCUUAUGUGAUGACCAUCUCGCUAAUGCGGGCGCUGGUGGGUUUCCUGCUGCCAUUUAUGGUGAUGGGGGCCUUUUACACCCAGAUGAUAAAGGUGUUGAGGAGCAUGCCAGGAAGGAAGGCCUUGAGAAUGCAGAGUUCAGCUCCCCGCAGAACUGGGAAGCCGCUCCUUCUGAUAACGGCAGCUUUGGUGGUUUUCUUGUUGUCUUAUGCCCCCUACCAUAUCAUGAUUGUGACUUUAGUGUUCAUGCGAUUCAUUGGCAAGGUGACAACUGAAAACAUGAAGACACUCUACAUAGCCUACGAGUUCCUGGAGGCCUUGUGCAGUGUGAGCAGCUGUCUGGACCCUGUGCUCUACAUUCUUGCCAGCCAGAACUUCCAGCAGAGAUGGAGGAGGCAGAAGAUGGCCAUGGCACGCCUGUGCUGCAGGGACACCAGGAGGGUGGGUGUUCAGAAGCCACUGUGA